AGCAAGUCGGAGACCCCCAGAAAUAACACCUCGAUCCGCUGCCUUCCCCGCAACGGAUUGUCUUGCGGCGGCGAUAUUCCUUCCUGUUCCCCGAGGGACCAUGCCUGCCAGAGGCGGGGGCUUGCUGACUGCUCGCUUGCUGUCGUUGUUGCUGCGGUUGCUGCUGCUUCUCUCUCAGGUCCAGCUCCACAGAACUACGGGCCCCCGGUUUUUAAUAAGUGACCACGACCAAGACCCUCAAUGUAACCUUCAGUGCUCCAGAACUGCUGUCAAGCCCCUCUGCGCUUCCGAUGGCAGGACCUAUGAAUCAAUGUGUGAUUACCAGAGAGCAAAGUGCAAGGAUUCCAAUCUGAAUGUGGCACAUCGAGGCAGAUGUAAAGAUGCUGGUCAGAGCAAAUGCAGAUUAGAAAGAGCCCAAGCACUGGAUCAAGUGAAGAAGCCACAAGAAGCAAUCUUUGUUCCAGAGUGUCAUGAAGAUGGAUCUUUUACCCAAGUCCAGUGCCACACCUAUACUGGAUAUUGCUGGUGUGUAACUCCAGAUGGCAAGCCUAUCAGUGGUUCUUCUGUGCAGAACAAAACUCCUGUAUGCUCAGGCUCAGUAACCGACCGGCCAUUAGGACAGGGUAAUUCUGGAAGAAAAGAUGACGGUUCAAAACCAACACCCACCAUGGAAACACAACCAGUUUUGGAUGGAGAAGAAAUUACAGCCCCUACACUUUGGAUUAAACACUUGGUCAUCAAAGAUUCCAAACUGAACAGCUCUAGUAUGAAAAAUUCAGAGAAAAUUAAUUCGUGUGACCAAGAAAGGCAGAGUGCACUUGAGGAAGCCAAGCAGAAUCCACGUGAAGGAAUUGUUAUCCCUGAAUGUGCCCCUGGAGGACUGUACAAACCGGUGCAGUGUCAUCAGUCCACAGGCUACUGCUGGUGUGUUCUGGUAGACACAGGUCGCCCCCUACCUGGCACUUCCACCCGAUACGAGACCCCUGUAUGUGAAAGCAAUGCUCGAUCCAGAAGUCCAGAAAUUGAUGAUCCUUUCAAAGAUCGAGAACUUCCAGGUUGCCCAGAAGGGAAAAAAGUAGAAUUUAUUACCAGUUUACUGGAUGCUCUCACCACAGAUAUGGUACAGGCUAUUAACUCAGCAGCACCUGCUGGAGGUGGAAGGUUUUCUGAGCCCGAUCCCAGUCACACCCUGGAGGAACGGGUGGUACAUUGGUACUUCAGUCAGCUGGACAACAAUAACAGCAGUGACAUCAACAAAAGGGAGAUGAAACCCUUCAAGCGCUACGUGAAGAAGAAAGCCAAGCCCAAGAAAUGUACACGACGCUUCACUGACUACUGUGAUCUCAACAAAGACAAGUCCAUCUCACUACAGGAAUUGAAAGGCUGUUUGGGGGUCAGGAAGGAAGAAGGCAGCAUUGGCAGCUUCCCACAUGGAAAAAGGCAAGGCGUUAAUCCUUUCAUAGGACGUCUUGUCUAAGAGGAUAUGCCAUGGAUGGACAGAAGGAGAUAGGAUGCAUGGCCAUCUGAAAACAUGUGGGACUGGCAACACCCAGUAUAGCAGAAGUGGCAGUCACAACAUUUGCACUUUCUUAAAAAAAGAAAAGAAAAAGAAAAUUGUCUACAUAUAAUACAGGUUUUUUUUUAGUAAUCUGAAGAAAAGACCAUUGGAAUUUGGAAAGAAAACUGAAGAUCUACUUGUGAUUUAAAUCUUGAGGAUUGCCUGGACUUGAA